AUGGACAUUCAUAGGUGUCGCUUUGUUCAAUACCCUCCACAGCCUAUCAAUGCUCUGGCUUUCUCUCACCCCUCCCGCCCAAAGGAAAGAACUCCCUCUGAUCUCCGCCUCGCCCUUGGUCGCAGUGAUGGUGAUAUUGAAAUAUGGAACCCUCGAGAUGGACUCUGGGUGCAGGAAACGAUUUUGAAGGGAAAGAAAGACACAACAAUCGAGCAACUCGCCUGGAUACAAGAUAGGGUGGUGAAUGAUGCAUCCGACGGAUUAGGACCUGCUCAUGGUUCAUUACGACUUUUCAGUACUGGAGGUUCAAAUUCCAUCACCGAGUGGGACAUCUGUACUGGUUCGCCAAAAAGACAAGCCGAAGGAAACUCUGGAGACAUCUGGUGCUUUGCUGCCCAACCGCCAAUCGAGGAGUUCGAAAAGAAAGCAACACUUGAGAAUGGCUCUGGCUCACAGCUUUUGGCGGCAGGAUGCUCCAAUGGAACAGUCAUUCUGUUCUCUACUGAGGAUGAUGAUCUACGCUAUCUACGGCACAUCAUCGCACCACCCGUGAAGAAACCAAAGGUUUUGAGUCUCACCUGGCGAGACCGACAGACUUUGGUUGCUGGAUAUGAGGAUAGCAUAAUUCGAGUGAUUGACGUCCCCAAUAGAAAAAUCAUUCGGAACAUGAGUUUGGGAAAGCCGGUCGACGGCAACAAUUCCGUGGUGUGGACCGUCAAGUGUCUUCCUGAUGGCUCAAUACUCUCUGGGGACUCUGCAGGAGAGCUGAAGAUCUGGGAUUCGAAGAAUUUCGCCUUAGUUCAGCGACUCAAGUCCCACAAAGCGGACAUCUUGGAUAUUGCCACGAGCGCUUCUGGCGACAUGAUAUUUUCAUUCGGUGUAGAUAGGAGGACUGUGACCUAUAAACCGGUCACCGUUCACCCAGGAAUCAGGGCUUCGAGAUGGGCUGAAGUCACUCACAAAAGGUUCCAUCGCCACGACGUCAAGUGCUCGUCAAGUUUUGAGAGCAAAGACUUGAGCGUUUUGGUCUCAGGUGGUAUGGAUGCCCGACCCAUCGUUGUCCCAAUACGAAGGCAUCAGACUGAAUUGCACCGGACACUUCCACAUCUUCCCCAAAGAUCACAAAUUUCAUCUUCACCCAUUUCAAGGCUUUUCAUUUCUUGGUGGGAUCGUGAAAUCCAGGUGUACUACGUUCGAAAAUACCGACGUCCUGCAGAGACUAAUUUCGACAAUGACGCCAUGACCAACUCACCAUACGAAACUCUUGCAAGACUCGUCAUGCAAGGAGGCGAAAAUAUCCAAGACGCCAAUAUCUCCGAAGAUGGACAAUUUAUCGUCGCAGCCACCAUCAGCAGUGUCAAAUUGUUUCAACUCCGAGAGACCCAAGUCUCGGGCAAACCUUGCAUCCGGACCAGGCAAAUCGAACUUCCCCAUACAAUCGCCCGUCUAGGUGCAAGGCGCGUAGGAUUCUCUCCUGAUGGGAAAUGGCUCUAUACGAUUCGAAAGGACAACACCAUCACACUUACGAAGAUCACACCGUCAGAAAACCCCAAAGAACGCCCCUCGAUUCAUCAAAAAAUCGUAAUACUCUGUCGCACGACGCGAAAUCUUCCUCCCUCCGCCUUGGGUACCUACCAACGAACCACCACACAAAUCGCAUUCUCUACUGACUGUCGAGUUCUCGCCGUGGGAGACCUGUCCGGCGCCAUCGACGUAUGGGUCGUCGAAGGCCACGAGGAUCUGAACGUUGUCGAGACCGCGUCCCAUCAUUCCGAUGACACGUCCGACUCGUCUUCCAGCUCCUCCUCUGACUCAGAUGAAGACGAAGACGAAUCCCCCAUAAUCCACGGGCAAAAAUGGAUUCGCAACCCAUCUGGUUCUCAGAUGCCACAACUAGACUCGGCCAUCCUUGCUCUUACUUUCCGCCCUUCGCCUAGCACAUCCAGUUCCGGUUCGAUGAAUGGAAACCUCGGUCUCCACGCCACACGGCGCACUCCACACCCUAUAUGCCACGAACGACCCUCGCCAGACAUAAAACUACUUGCCAUGACCGCGACGCAUCAACUGAUUGAAUUCGACGUGCUAAGUAGCAAGUUGAGCGAGUGGUCACGACGGAAUCCCUCCAAGUACCUCCCGUAUGACUUCACGCGGAUCAAAGACCGAGUAAUGGGGUGUUUCUGGGACUGCACUGAUCGCGAGACUCGAGGAGAAAGGUUAUGGCUCUAUGGCCCAACGUGGCUGUUCAUGCUGGACAUCUCGCAAGAUCUACAGGUGGAGGAAUCCUUUACUACGGCGGAGACGGAGACAGCGACAAAAGUCGAGAGAAGCGGUCGGCUCGGCCGGUACGAUGUGCUGGAACCCGUGAAGGACAAUGGCAGAGAAGAAGACAACGCGGGAGCAACGCCAAGCAAACGGCGGAAGCUGCAGGACAAGAUACAGAUCCGCGACCGAGGUGCCGAUAUCAGAAACAAUAGCAAAAGCAGGAGAAAACGAAAAAGUAACACAGGAGCCGGCGACGCCAUCCCCGAACGCCACCGCGAAAGCGCCAUGGGGAGCGAAAUGUUGAAGUUCAAGAACCCAGACGAUGACGUCGAGAUGAUUGAUUUCGACGCCCCUCUCAACGAGCACACCAGUGAAGUCGCCGACGAUGACGACAGUCAGAAAGACGCUCUAACUCUCAUGAGACGGAACGCGGACGUAGCUCUUCAGGGCCAAAGCCAAGGUCAAGAUCAAAAUUCAACCGACAAAUCAUUAUCUUCAACUGCUAAACCCAACGCCCGACGCCCGCACUGGCAUACAUUCGCUUACCGCUCCAUUCUGGGGAUCGGCGUGAUAGGAACCAGUGGCAGCAGCUCGGAUACCGAGGAUCCAUCAUCUUCGCCGGUAGUGUCAACGGAGAAUAAUAUCGAAGUGGUUAUUGUGGAGCGCUCCAUGUGGAAUGUGGAUCAACUCCCCAGAUUCGACGGCGGGCAAGAAUGGGAGACGUAA